AUGUUUGAAAUAGUGAGGGAACCUCUCCACCCCCUCCCCAGAGAACCACUCCCAGGCCACUCCAUCCCCUUCCCAGAGACCCACUCCCAGGCCGCUCCAUCCCCUUCCCAGAGACCCACUCCCAGGCCGCUCCAUCCCCUUCCCAGAGACCCACUCCCAGGCCACUCCACCCCCUUCCCAGAGACCCACUCCCAGGCCGCCCAACACCUUCCCAGAGACCCACCCCAGGCCGCUCCACCCCUUCCCAGAGACCCACUCCCAGGCCACUCCAUCCCCUUCCCAGAGACCCACUCCCAGGCCACUCCAUCCCCUUCCCAGAGACCCACUCCCAGGCCGCUCCACCCCCUCCCCAGGGACCCACUCCCAGGCCGCUCCACCCCCUCCCCAGAUACCCGCUCCACCCCCUCCCCCAGGGACCCACUCCCAGGCCGCCUCCACCUCCCCUCCCCAGAGAUCCACUCCCAGGCCGCUCCCCCCCUCCCCAGAGAUCCACUCCCAGGCCGCUCCACCCCUCCCCAGGGCUCCACCCUCUCCAGGGACCCACUCCCAGGCCGCUCCACCUCCUCCCCAGAGAUCCACUCCCAGGCCGCUCCACCCCUCCCCAGAGACCCACUCCCAGGCCGCUCCACCCCCUCCCCAGAGACCCGCUCCACCCUCCCCAGAGACCCACUCCCAGGCCGCUCCACCCCCUCCCCAGAGACCCACUCCCCAGGCCGCUCCAAUUCCCCUCCCCAGGGACCCACUCCCAUGCGCUCCACCUCCCCCAGAGAUCCACUCCCAGGCCGCUCCACCCUCCCCAGAGACCCACUCCCAGGCCGCUCCACCCCUCCCCAGAGACCCACUCCCAGGCCGCUCCAACCCCUUCCCAGAGACCCACUCCCAGGCCACUCCAUCCCCUUCCCAGAGACCCACUCCCAGGCCGCUCCACCCCCUCCCCAGAUACCCGCUCCACCCCCCUCCAGGGACCCACUCCCAGGCCGCUCCACCUCCUCCCCAGAGAUCCACUCCCAGGCCGCUCCACCCCUCCCCAGAGACCCACUCCCAGGCCGCUCCACCCCUCCCCAGAGACCCGCUCCACCCCCUCCCCAGAGACCCACUCCCCAGGCCGCUCCACCCCCUCCCCAGAGACCCACUCCCAGGCCGCUCCACCCCCUCCCCAGGGACCCACUCCCCAUGCGCUCCACCUCCUCCCCAGAGAUCCACUCCCAGGCCGCUCCACCCCUCCCCAGAGACCCACUCCCAGGCCGCUCCACCCCUCCCCCAGAGACCCACUCCCAGGCCGCUCCACCACCUCCCCAGAGACCCACUCCCAGGCCGCUCCACCCCCUCCCCAGAGACCCACUCCCCAGGCCGCUCCACCCCCUCCCCAGAGACCCACUCCCAGGCCGCUCCACCCCCUCCCCAGAGAUCCACUCCCCAGGCCGCUCCACCACCUCCCCCAGAGACCCACUCCCAGGCCGCUCCACCCCCUCCCCAGAGACCCACUCCCAGGCCGCUCCACCCUCCCCCAGAGACCCACUCCCAGGCCGCUCCACCACCUCCCCAGAGACCCACUCCCAGGCCGCUCCACCCCCUCCCCAGAGACCCACUCCCAGGCCGCUCCACCACCUCCCCAGAGACCCACUCCCAGGCCGCUCCACCCCCUCCCCAGAGACCCACUCCCAGGCCGCUCCACCCCCUCCCCAGAGACCCACUCCCAGGCCGCUCCACCACCUCCCCAGAGACCCACUCCCAGGCCGCUCCACCCCCUCCCCAGAGACCCACUCCCAGGCCGCUCCAUCCUCUCCACAGAGACGCACUCCCAGUGUGUCCUCCCCUCUAGCUCCUGACCCAGAUUGGUACCCAGAGGUGCGUCACCACUGCCCGUCAACCCCUAUCAUCCUAGUGGGCACUAAGCUGGAUCUGAGGGACGAGAAGGAGACCAUUGAGAAGCUCAAAGAGAAGAAACUGGCCCCCAUCACCUACCCACAAGGCCUAGCGCUGGCCAAGGACGUUGACUCUGUGAAGUACCUGGAGUGUUCUGCUCUGACCCAGCGUGGCCUGAAGACAGUGUUUGACGAGGCUAUCAGGGCAGUACUCUGCCCACAGCCAACCAAGGUCGGCAAGAAGAAAUGUCUACUGCUCUAACAGGUGAGA